ACACGGCCCGCAUAAAGACGACUGCACCGCGCCACUCAUCAUGGCCGAGAAACGCAUCCAGCUUUCUCUCGAACUCAAGACUACAACCUCCCACGCCUUCGAGAAGGUUACGUUCCACGACACCGGCAAGACUAAGCUCGUUGAACGACCCAACGCUAGUUCUGGCACGGCUUCCAUAUCGUUGACUACCAAGCCCUACGAGUACCGCGCGGACCGCACAAUCGACGGCAAAGCGCUAGCCUCUCGCUCAUCCCUCUCUAAAUUCCAAAAGAAAAACACAACCUACGACACGAGCCAGCUCUAGCAAACACGUAUCAACCACGGCCUCUACAUCACGAUGUCCACGGCCCCCCAACCCCUCCGCAUCGCCAUCGGCAGCGACGAAGCCGGCGUCUCCUACAAAACGGCCAUCAAAGCCGACCUCGAAAAGAACCCCCUCGUGGCCUCUGUCACCGACGUCGGCGUCCCCGAGUCCUCGGACAAGACCGCCUACCCCCACAUCGCCGUCGACGCCGCCAAGCUCAUCUCCUCGGGCGCCGCGGACCGCGCCAUCCUCAUCUGCGGCACCGGGCUCGGCGUGGCCAUCUCCGCGAACAAAGUGCCCGGGAUCCGCGCGGUCACGGCGCACGACAGCUUCAGCGUGGAGCGGGCCGUGCUGAGCAACGAUGCGCAGGUGCUGUGUAUGGGGGAGCGCGUGGUGGGGAUAGAGCUGGCGAGGCGGCUGGCGAAGGAGUAUUUGGGGUAUAGGUUUGAUACGAGUAGUCCGAGUGCGGCGAAGGUGCAGGCGAUUAUGGAUCAUGAGACGAAGAAUUACGCGAAUUGAAGGGAAGGAGGGGAAAGGAAGACGGUUUCAGGGGGAAUAAGCGGGGGGAUUUGGGGGACGCUGUGGGUUGUGUCGUUGGAAGAAAGAAUGGUCGUCGUCGUCAAUGAGAUUGCGUAGCGAAAAAAUAACGUGGCUCCUGUUUUGGAUGGUAUUGGGAUAUCAGACGCAGUAUACAAAUUAAAACAGAAGAGAGAUCAAUCUAUUUGAGUUCAAUUUACCAGGAAAACAAAGCGUGGUAAGAAAUGAACUCAUAAAAGCGCAAUAUGUACAAAUGGUCCGAAUCCCAUUACGUCGUCUUACCAAAUAGUCCUAAGUCGCAACAUCAA